CGUCUAUCCCUAAUCCUACAGCGCAUGCGUCGUCCGCCAUCUUUGAAUAUCAAAACCGGGAUCAUGUGCUUGGGCCCUUGAAAACAACAGACAGCUCGGAUAUUGUUUAGUGAAAAUAAAAGUUUUCUUACAAAAAUGAGCCAACCAGAAGCCUCCGAAGAUAUGCUAGAAUCCAUAGACGAACUAAAAGAGCGUCUAUCAUCAAUGAAGCGAAUGAUGGAAGAGCGCAAAGCUGCCGGAUCAGGAACAAAGGAUCUGUUUCAGGGAACUGCUAAAAGCCUUCAUGGAACCAACAUGAUUGACGGGAAUUUCCUCAGUUUUGUCUUCGGAGGAUCCCUAGUGGUUAUCUUAAGUGUCUCAGUGUAUGCCUUUUAUAACUUAUAUCAUGCGGUUUUGAAGAAAUUCCCUUCGACACAUACGGAGUUAUAAGGUGUCCGAUCAUGAAUUCACGAUUCGAUAGUAAGCUUUGUGCCGGCCCCACUCUGUCGUCGAACAGUUCGCCAAACUUUGGCCGUUUCAGUACACAUUACUGGUUUUUCAUUGCGGUAAAUAAAAGCACUCAUACUAACUACGAAAUGUUCAAGCAUUCGCGUCGGCAUGUGUCUGAGUUCGUCGACAGUGUGGAGAUGGUAAUAUGUGGGUAGCGAGUAUACGAACUUUAGCCAUAAAAUUGCAAUGCAAUAUUGUUGAUUAUUGCAAUAUUUGUAAAGUUUGUAUGUAACGACCAGAGGUCGUCAUGUCGGGAAUGGGUUCGAUCCCCGGUCAGGUCAAAAUGGAAAAUGAUCUUUUUCAGAUUGACCUGGGUCUUGGAUGUUUAUCUAUAUAUGUUAUAAAAAUAUAAUAUUCUUGGGUUAGUGUCCACAAGUAACACAGUGUCGAAUUUACUUUGGAGCUAAUUAAAUUUGUGUGAUUUGUCCCCAUAGGUACAUAAAUUUAUUAUUUAUCAUAAAAAUCUCUGUGGACAAAACAAUACUAAGUAAAAAAAAAGUUAGCUAUAAAUAAAUUGGAUGGAACAUUUACUUGUACAUCCUUUCAUUUUUUUAUUAUAAUUAUUUUUUAAUUACUAAUUAUAAUUGAAAGUCCUAAGAUUUUUAAAUAAUUUUCUCCUUAUUUUUGCAUUAAAAAUCUUAUUUAUUCUUCUAAGUAUAUGUAGUUUUAGGGGAUUUCCCAUUUUAACCGGUUUUUGCUGAAAUUCGCGCCGGUAAGUAUUUUUAAAUAAUAAAUGAUGUUUAAACAACAGCGUUUAUUUGUAAGCAUAUUUAAAUAAUGGUACCUUUUCAAUGCUGGAAACUCAUUUUUGUGCACCUUGAACAAUAUGUUCAUUAGUGUGAAUUGUAUUUUUAAAAGGAGUUGGAAAAUGACUUUUAUUCCAUUAUCUAUAAGUAACAAAGUACCAUGGCAUAGAACCUAAAAUGGGAGUAGAAUGGAGUUAAAGAGUGAGAAAAUUGCAAGUAAAAAGUAUGUACGAUGUUUCUUUGUGAAAAGUGGAAAUGGUCUUUGAGUAAAUUAAAUUUGAAUACCGUU